CAUUUUUAUACACAAAAAGCAGAGUUGACGUGGCCGCUGAAGUGACAGCAUUAAAAAUACAUAUUUCAUCACUGCGAUAUAUUUUAUUUGUUGCUAUUUAAAACGUACUCGAAAAAUCGAAAUCAUCGAAACCGACCAGUUCUAAAGUUUAACUUUGUCGUGUCCAGAAAUUUGCAUUAAGAAAAAAUGAGUUUGGUCUGGACUUUGAUCGCCGGCUUUCUCUAUGCAGAGAUUGCAUUGGUCUUGCUACUGGUGCUGCCCGUGGCCAGCCCCUACAGAUGGAAUCGCUUCUUCAAGUCCAAAUUCCUGGCCUUGCUUGCACAGCAGGCGCACAUCUACUUCUUCUUAAUUAUGGGUGUGUUGGUCUUGUUCUUGCUGGAGGCCAUUCGUGAGAUGCGCAAGUACUCGAAUUAUGAGCAGUCCGGCGAGGUGCACCUGAACGUGGAGAUGCAGCACAGCAUGCGCCUAUUCCGUGCCCAGCGCAACUUUUACAUCUCUGGCUUUGCGAUUUUCCUGGUUCUGGUCAUUCGCCGCUUGGUUACACUGGUGUCAGCCCAGGCCAAUCUGUUGGCCCAGAGCGAGGCCUCGAUGAAGCAGGCCCAGAGCGCCACGGCUGCGGCUCGUUCCCUGAUGGAGGAUAAGAAGACCGAGAAGGCUAAGGAGGCUGGUGAGGACACCACACUGAAUGAGCUCAACAAGCUGCGCGAGCGCGUCCAGGAGCUGACUUCCGAAUUGAACCGCGAGAAGAAGGACAAGGAGGCUGUCAAGUCGCAGGCCGAGAGCAUCAACCGUGAAUACGACCGCCUUACCGAAGAGUACAGCAAGCUGGAGAAGCGCAUCACCAUCGGUGGUGGAACCACCACUGGCAGCAAGGAUGAUUGAGCACUCGGCAAGGCGGGGGCACCCGAGCCCAAUACUUUAAUACCGAUAAGACUUAUAAACGGCGGUGGGGCACAGCGACAGCAAAAACACACAUUUAACAAAAGAUUAUUACCGAUUAGAAAUCGAAAAGGCACACACAUUUUAAUGUUAAUUCUCAUAUAUAUAUAUAAACCACACCGCACCCAUUGAUAAAGGUUUAUUGAUGCGUGUUGAGAAUUCUUUAUGUUCUGUAUGCCUGAAAUUUUUUGCUUUCUACUCGAUGCAUUAACUUGUAUAUCUUAAGUUUUGUUUUGCCACAGGAAAUCACACUAAUCACAUGAACCGUGGCUAAUAAAAGAACAACCAUAAAACGUGUA